GAUCCACACAAUCCCACACCGCGGACGUGUGUGUACACAGUUGUGUUUGAGCGAUAUCAGGUGACGUUUUUGUCGUACAUACUACUGUUGUUGGGGACGAUAUAAUUUGCUGAAAAAAAAAAAGAAAAAAGAGAAAUUAAGAAUUGCACGUCCGAAGCAACUUUCUUCCCAUUAAAUUGAACGGCUCUCCGCCUCUCCAACGAACGACGGAGGAGGAUAAAUCGAGCUUCGAGCAACGACGACGACGAGAGCAAGGAUCACCAUCAAUCACUGUUGUCCGCUUCGCCAACAGCUGACCUCGGGCUGGCUCUGACGCGCCGAAAGAAUGGCAGAAGCCGCCGUUAAUCUCAUCAUAAAGGCGCCGAAUCAACAGAUCAAGGACCAAGUGGUCAGGUGCGAUCUCGGCUGGACCAUUGGCCGCCUGAAGGAGUACCUGUCCGAGGUCUAUCCCAGCAAACCAGAAAGUUCGCAUCAGAAGUUAAUUUAUUCGGGUCAACUGUUAAAUGAUUCUGCACAAUUGAAGGAUAUUCUGAGACAGCGCGAUGGUUUAGAAGAUCAGGCGUACACGGUUCACCUAGUUUGUACAUCGCAGAAAAUGUACACCGCUAAACCAACAUCGAAUCAGAAUCUGACGAUUGAGAAAAACACAGAUACAACAUCCUCGAUGGGAAACAGUCAUAUCAGGAGCGCCAGUGUUCAAAAUCAGAAUCAUGAAAAUGCUAAUGCGACUGCACCCCCGUCUCAAAUGUAUCUGCCUCAACAGUACUUUGAUCCUCGAAAUAGUCAACAGUUAGCCUGGAUGCAACAGGCAUAUACGCAUUAUUUCACGCAGUAUAUGCAACUCAUGGCAGCACAAGGCGUACAGUUACAAGCCAGUAUUCCGUACCUGCAACAGAUGAACAUUAACACUAAUGACAAUACUCCUCAACAUACAUACGCGAGUAACAAUAACAACAAUGUCGUUGACGAGCAGGCUGCCCAACCAGCAGCGCAAGACGCGCCAGAGAUUAAUGCGGGAAAUAACGACGUGGCUGAGGACGCAGCAUUUAAUCGCGACUGGUUGGAUUUCUUCUAUACGUUGUCCAGAAUCAUUCUUUUAUUCGGUAUAGUGUACUUCUACUCGUCUCCUCUCCGGUUUCUCAUUGUUACAUUCUUGGGAUUUGCAAUAUAUCUAUAUCAGGGUGGUUUCUUCAGGGUACAACCAAUAUUACUAGGUGAGAACAACAACGCUCGUGUAGACAACAACAAUCAAGUGUUGCAGAACGAGGCGAUGGGCCCGCAGGCUGUUCCACAGCAACAAAAUCCUCAAAUGCCAACUCCACAACCGGAGGCACGGACGAAUGCCAACGAGGAGAACGAAGAGCAACGGCCAGGCGCACUCGCCUUUACUUGGACCUUCUUUAGUUCAUUUUUUGCCUCGCUUAUCCCGGAUCAGCCGAAUGUCAUUUAAUCUCGUCUGGGACUCAUAUUGUUAUAAAAUCGAAUUUUUUUCCUCUAUAUUUACAAAAAAAAAAUAUAUAUAUAUAUACACACAAACAGAACAAAAACGUGGCAUAAAGAUCAGAGAGCGUAAUGAACUUUAUCAAGUGGUGUAAGUAGUAUCAUACAAUCUAUAAAAUCAGAAAUGCUUACAAAAUUGUGAGAUUUGAUACAUGUAUUCCUAUGAAAGUCUGAUGAGUUUUACAGUACCCAUUUUUAUAUCUGAAUCUAAUAGUAUAUGUAAAUGUUCAUAUGUAUGUUAAUAAUGAGCAUACGCUUAAGAUGGGAGACACUUGUCGCGAAACUCAAUUUCCAAAUACCGCGUGUAAAGAUUAUAUAUAUAUAUAUAUGUAUCUCGAUUGAAUUCGACGAUAGGGUUCACGAGAAAAACUAACACAGUCACGUUACAUCUAUACAUACUAAUGCUAACUUUUCUUCGAGAAGAAGAUUGUUAGAAUCGCCAUCCCAAAGCUAUUUAGAGUUUAAUGUAUAAAGAACAUUUUUUAUGUUUGUAGAGUAAUUUAAAGAACAACGAGAUAUAAAUUGUGCGUGGUAUGUGCGCAUGUGUAUGUAUGAGUAUGCGUGCCUAUAUAAAUUUAAGGAAACAUAAUUUUUGCGUAGAGCUUGUAUAAAAUGAUGAAAGAGUAAUAACAGUAUGUUUAAUUUGCUUCGGGAAAAUUUUCUUAUAUAGAGCAAUAAUAUUAUAUUUUACGCAAUUUAUAUCAUUUCUGUGAUGUUUAAUGAGGUCGCAAAUAUAUUCAGCGUGAUAUCCUUGUAAAACAUGUCGCACUGUAUUCAUAUAUAUAAAAUUGUUAUUUUAAUAA